AUGCCUCACUUGGUUGGGCAUAUGUUUGUCUUGCCUCAGAGUGAGAACCCUGAAUACCAGUAUUGGCUGGGCGUUAGUGACCGCCUGGGCUCCAGGAGGGCUGUCUGUCUGCCCAGUGGAAACCAAUAUAGGAUUCAGAUCUUUGAGAAAGGGGAUUUUAAUUGUAAGAUGAAUGAAGCUACUGAAGACUGCCCUUCCAUCUGGGAACUAUUUCACUGCAUGAGAGAGGUCCACUCCUGGAAGGUGCUGGCGGGAAAAAGGGUAUGAAUUUUCUCUGAGCUACCCAACUGCUGUGGCUGGCAGUAUCUCCUGGACAGGAUGGAGUGCUAAAAGCCCAUUGAUUGGGGUGCUGCCUCUGCAGGUGUCCGGUCCUUCUGCUGCGUUGUGGACUAA